AUGUUAUUAGCACAACAGCACAGAAUUCGUCGCUCGGACAGCAUUCUGCCCUCUUCUUUUGUAUUUCCAACGUCAGGUACAGCAUUCUUGCUUGUCACACCCGAGGAGUUUCCUGCAAAACUUAAGAAUGCCGAAGUUUUUGAGAGGGUUGAAAAGUUUAUGCAGGUCCACAGAAAUAGUUUCCUUCUGCUUCAAGCCCCAGUCUACGGAAAAAGGGAGUGGGAGAUUUUAUCAUCAGUGCAGAAUAGAUUUCUCGGCUGUAACCUCAGAGUCUUACCUGUGCAUAAUACUAGUGAUGUAGUCAAAGGAAUGCUGGUCAUCGCUGAAGCCACAAGUAAACCCCGUGUAGAGAAUUUAAGAGAUCAGAUGGUUUUGGCCUGUGCUCACAUCAUUGAUCACAGUCCUGUUUGGCAAAUGCUUAAGGAGAUGCAGCUCCGUUGAAAUUCUGCAGUAUUGUCCA